UUAAAAAAAAUAAAAAUAAAGAAAAAACCCAUCUGGUCAUUUUGCAAAGAGAAAGGAAAACUCAACACAAGCGCGAGGCCAGGCACGGAAAGAUAACCGGCAAAGUGGCAUUAGUAGAGAACUCCGCCCGCCACCACACUUGUCACUCUCUCUCUCUCUCUCUCUCUCUCUCUCUCUCUCUCUCUCUCUCUAGAUCUUCCCUUCCUCUCUCUCUCUCUCUUCUGGCGAUCUUGUUUCGCUCUCUCUCUCCUUCUUCCUCGUCGUCGCUGCCCCAAACCAUUCUCCGAUUCUCAAUGGCCGCCACCAUCGCCUUCAACGCCGUCGGAGCUCCGGCCAAGCUUUCGGCCCGGUUUUCUCACCUCCGCCGCCCGUCUCCUCUCCUCUCCGGCCUCCGAUCGCCUCCGCUCCUUCCCGGUCUUUCUCGCCAACGCACAAAAUCAGCCUCCUUUUCCUCCUCUGGAAUUAGGGCUCAGGUUGCAGCGGUUGAGCAAUCGAGCGUCGCUGCCGCUAAGAACGUGGAUGCACCGGUGGUUGUCGUCACCGGAGCUUCUAGAGGGAUCGGCAAGGCUAUUGCGCUCACUCUUGGCAAAUCUGGUUGUAAGGUACUUGUAAACUAUGCAAGGUCAUCGAAGGAAGCUGAAGAAGUUUCCAAGGAGAUUGAGGCACAUGGUGGUCAAGCUCUUACUUUUGGAGGCGACGUCUCAAAAGAAGAGGAUGUAGAGUUGAUGAUCAAAACUGCGGUUGAUGCAUGGGGAACAGUUGAUGUUUUGAUAAACAAUGCAGGAAUUACCCGGGAUGGAUUGUUGAUGAGAAUGAAGAAGUCACAAUGGCAGGAAGUCAUCGAUUUGAAUCUUACUGGCGUGUUUCUCUGCACACAGGCUGCUGCCAAACUUAUGAUGAAAAAGAGAAAGGGGAGAAUAAUCAAUAUAGCAUCUGUUGUUGGUCUCGUUGGAAAUGCUGGCCAAGCAAACUACAGUGCUGCAAAAGCUGGUGUAAUUGGCUUCACAAAGUCUGUUGCAAAAGAGUAUGCAAGCAGGAACAUUAACGUCAAUGCUGUAGCUCCUGGCUUUAUUGCUUCUGACAUGACUGCGAAGCUUGGAGAAGACAUAGAGAAGAAGAUCCUGGAGACAAUCCCCCUAGGGCGAUACGGUCAACCAGAGGAAGUAGCCGGACUGGUGGAAUUCUUAGCACUUAAUCCCGCUGCUAGUUAUAUAACUGGACAGGAGGAAGGAUCGGCAGAACUGUUGCCCAGUUUCGUUUUUCUCUCUUCUACUUGUUUUCGGCAGUAACUGAAAAAGAAAAUUCUAACAUAGCUGAUUCUAGGCUCCCCACUCUUUUCUUUUUUUCCUUUGGAGGAUGUGUAUCUUAUCUACUUCGAAAAUUUUGAUCAUGCGAUCUAGUUCCUGCGUUUUUUUCCCUUGAUAAUGCAUAGAGGAUUUUUCGAUUUGAUGCUCUCUGAUAAAUUCACACGCCAUUCUUUUGAUGUCAUCCAACUGUUGCAGAAGUGAUUAAACAAAAAAAAAAAAGAAAAAAAAAGAG